AAGGGCCACUGUGUGCUUGGGUUUGGGUGUGCACCUGCGAGACUCUCACGCCUGCAACGAAAUUUUCUUCCUUGCCAUCAUUGAGGAAAUUAUAAGAAAGCAAAGAUUUAUUUUCGGCUGCUGCAUGGUCGAACGUCAUAGUAUCACGUAUAGGUGGUACGGUGGUGGUAGUCAUGUCACCCAAUCAACCAAACGACGGACCACAAGAAAUCGACGUGGAGGAGCCAGGAGAAACGGAUUAUCGGCCGCCAGGCAUAAUCGUAUUUUCAAACGAGUUAAAUCGCAAGUAAAAGAAGAUCACAAUUUGAUAAUAACAAUUGAAGAGGAUCGAUACGUGAAUUCGAUCCAACAGCUUGGAACCUACGGCCUCCCCGCUGGCCUGGCCAGCUACUAUGCGAAUUGAAGCUCUCAGCGCCCUCGUCGCGGUGGUUUGGCUGACCGCAGUCCUGUGCCCGCGGCUUGCUGCCGCCAACCUAACUUUACCCUUUUCCUCUCGUAAAUCCAGAGAGCAUCCCUUCAGAGGACAUAUCUCUCACUGGACAGUACCAUUGGAAGACUCGAGCAAACGUAUGACCUACCGAGAGAUGCAGAUGGUUAUACGCCAGGAGGGAGGCGAAGAUGGCCUCGCAGUUGACUGUUGUCCAACGAUAGAGGAAAUGGUCGAGCCCCUUGGUGGCCGAAAUCGGCAAGAGAUGUAUGUUGAGCUCUAUCGAGACGGUCAAAAUGCCCAGAGGUUCUUCGAGUACUCCUGUAGGCCAGACGUCCUCGAUAAGCCCUGCAGGUUCGUUGACCGGAAGCUUAGUAACCAGUCGAGAUGCGUACAGAAAUUCUCAUACACCUACGCCAUCGUCGCGAAUCCUGCAACGAAGGAAGGCUCCGAAGAACAAACCAAGAAGCGUCACAAGGAACACAAAUUUCCAACGUUUCCUGUUAGCGGGUCAACCUGGACGUUGGAUUACAUCAGGGUAAGGAGCGGCUGCAGCUGCGAGAUCAUGCCAAAGCCCAGAAAGAAGAAAACCAUGGCGACAAAGGCGAGAAAAGCGAAGAGUAAACUAAGACAGCAAAGAGAUCAAGACUCUGACUUUGAGACGUGAGACUCGAACUCGUGUUUGGUCGAACUGCAAAAUGAAAUAAUGAAAAAGGUUACCAGUGAUCGGUUCGCUGAUCGCAGAAUUAAACAAAAAAAAAAAAACAAAAAACAAAAACAAAAAGACAUUUUAACACGAGUAUAACGCCAUAUUUUCGAUGUUAUUUCCUUUUAUAUCUAUAUAUGGGUAUAACAUCGUAUUGUACGUUUAAUAAUUUCGUAUUCGCUUUAACCAUUGCAUAUUUAUUGAUAUAUUAUAGUAAUUUACAUUAAAAUAUAUCGAGAAGGAACUCGACACGUAUCUCUUUUCUACAAUCAUAAACGAAAAGUGAAUGACAACGUAAUGAUAAUCGAAUGCGUUAAUUAUCGAGAUACGUUUCUUCCUUAAACUCGAUACAUCGUCUACUUAAUUUAAAUAUUUU